UCAACUGCUGAUGCAGUUCUGAUUCUUAGUCGACGAAAGAGAAAGCUUUUCCGUGGUGGGUGACGAGUCAUUGGUGAUGAUGGAACGUUCCAGUAAAAGUGAUAGUCAUUUUGAGGAAUUAGCAAUCGGCCAUCGGAAGCCGGAGAGUAUCCAACGGUGGACUGUUUGUUUGUCAGUAAUGGCCUUGGCAUUGACAGGUCUCGGUUAUGACCCGUUUUUGAGGGGCAUCGAACAACAGGCAGCUGCCGAAGCAGAUGCGGAGGCGGAAGUCGAGGGGUUUUAUGCUGGGAUCGAAGAAGAAGCGGAAGAAGAAGAGGACAUUGAAAUAAAAUUUCAGCCAAACUUGUACCUGGCACGAAUUUUCGCUCCAAGUUUAAUGGGAUGUUUAUUGUCUGGAUCUAGGAUUUCCCUUCGCCUAGUGUGCCAAAUUUGUGCCCUUGGGCAUGUGGCUGUCAUUUCCUGCUAUUUUUUACUGGCGGCUAUAGAUGAAAUCGAUGGCGGUUUAGCGAUUUGCGGAUUUGCUGCUGAGUUUUUCUGGGCAAGUAAAAUGCUUCUUUAUUACUAUCAAGUAACGAUCUACAGCUCUGAUGGUGAACGGUUCUCCAACAUUAUCUACGGUGUCAUAGCGCAGUGCACCGGCUCGGCAGUGCUUCCGUUGAUAUUAAAUGAAUUGGAGGAGUAUUGGGAAAAUACGCAGUACUUCAUAAACCUGAUUGUUACACUAAUCCAAAUGUUGCUAUUACUGCCUUCUAAACUCUACGAAAACACUCUACAGGAGAAUUCUGUCAACACCAUCGAAACGUAUAAGUUUCCUCGACUUGUCACACUGACAGCCAGCGGAGUUAUAAUUCUGAUGGUAAUCAGCAACGUCACUCUUCAAUGGUUUCUGAACAACAACGAAACCCUGCUGCGGCCAUUUCUCGCAUUUUUAGCGGGUGACGACUCUAUGGAAGCUUUUUGGAAUGUCACCUACAAUGGGAUAGCGUUCACACUGCUAGGAUUCUACUGCACAUUUUUGAGCGCAAAUCAGGUGAUGAUUGCUGCUCUCGUGACGACCUUCACAGCCGGGGUAGGCUAUCUGUACUUCGAAGAGAAAAUCGCCGCUCGAUUGGCACUACCAAUGACAGCAUUUACGUUCGGAACGGCACUGAGUAUCCUGGUGGAUUUGUGGCUACCGAACCACCGACUAGCCGCACGGCUGGGGGUAAUUUUUACCGGCGUGAAUUUGGCCAGCUAUGCGUAUUUCGGACUGCUCACCUUGCUGUGGAGUUCACCGGACAUCACUAUCAUAGUCGUUUGGGCUGCCAAUGGAUUCUUUUGUCUGGGAUUGUUGGUUCUCUGCAGGGAGCUUACACUUCGGAUGGAUUCAGCAGCAUCAACAGCAGCACCGGAAUCAGCAGUACGCAGUGCGAGUGGUGGUAGUUUUCAAACUGUGAUAACCACGAUUGCUUGAAAUUGAGUUUUUGUUUGGUAUAGCUAAAGUUGAAAAAGAUCGUUUAUAUGCUUGUUGGUGUUGCGCUUGAUUGCACUUGAUGUUAAUUCUAUGGGUAAUAAAAGAGCUUUUUUGUAACGUUGAAAGUCCAGCAAAUCUCUACUAAAGUUCUCUCUAACAGUUCUACUGAAUUCAAGCUGUCUUCAUCAAUGUGGUCGUUUCUGUAUGCUUGAUCGUAAAAGUAUGUCAUCUUGAACGUGCUUUAGUAUUUUUUAUUCAAACUCGAAAUAUGUUUAGGACAAGUAAUUUAUGUAUCAUUUAAUUUUUUUGGGUGAUUAAAUCUUUUACGCAUUGCGAAGAAUAUUUAACAUCAAAUCGAUAUUCCUGUUACGGUUAACAAAAUAUAAUUUUUAGGAAGUGAUAUCCGAACAAAUCGGGAAAAUUCAUCUGGGCUUUACUAGGUGGUCAAUUCUGCCUAGUCGCUUAUAAAAACUAGUAAAAACUAGUCGUUCAAAAACUUAACUUUUAAGAAAAAAAUUGUCAUACAUUUUUUCA